AUGCAUUCAGUAAGAAAUCGUAGGCGGAACAGUUCUUUCGAUUCUCCUGAAGCUCUUCUCAUACUUGUUAAUACCCCCUACCUUUUCUCUCAUUUUUCUUUCGCUGCUCUUCUCAUACUUGUUAUUCCCCCUACCUUUUCUCUCAUUUUUCUCUCGCCGCUCUUCUCAUACUUCACACCUUCACAUUUCUGUUUCUCUUUCUUUCUCUCUAUUUCACGUGCUGCUGCUUCUCUCUCUCUCUCUCUCUCUCUCUCAUUUCUUUACCAAUUUACUUUCUUUCUCAUUUUAAUUCAUUCUUCCACACACUAUCUCGCUUUCUCCUUUUCCAAUGAACACUUUUCUUUCUCUUUUUUCUUCUUUCUCUGUCUUUAUACUUCAUUCCCUUUCCUAAUUCCUGAUAAUUUUUCUGUUUCCUACAGUAUCUCUAAACCUCCUCUGUAUUCUCGUGUUUAUCUUCCUCUUUCUCUCUUAUAUUUCUCCAUCUAUUUCCUGUUUGUAUAUUCCGCUUCCUCGCUCUUAUUUCCCCCCUCUAUUUCCUGCGCUUAUCUUCAUCCUCGCUCUUAUCCCUUUCACUAUUUCCCGUGUUUAUCUUUCUCUUUCUCACUCUUAUUUUCCCCUCUAUUUCCAGUGUUUAUGUUCCUCAUUUUUUCUCUCAUUCCCCUUACUAUUUCCAGUGUUUAUCUAACUUUCCCUCUCUUAUAUUUUCCCUCUAUUUCCCAUGUUUAUGUUCCUCUUUCUUGCUCUCAUUCCCCUUACUAUUUCCUGUGUUUAUCUUCCUCUUUCUCUCUUAUAUUUCCCUUUCUAUUCACCAUGUUUAUCUGCCUCUUUCUCUCACAUAUAUAUACCUCUAUUUCCCGUGUUUAUCUCCCAUUUCCUCGCUCUUCUUUCCCUCUCUGUAUUCUGCGUUUAUCUUCCACUUUCUCGCUCUUAUUUCCCCAUGUUUCCCGCAUUUAUUUUAUUCUUUCUUUCUUAUGUUUCCCCCCACUCUAUUUUCUGUUUUAUCUACUGCUUUCUCGCUCUCAUUCCCCCUAUUUACGUGUUUAUCUUACUCUUUUUCGAUAUUACUUUAUGUGUUUAGCUUCUUAUUUUGGGCUUAUAUAUCCUUUUUUUUCUCGUGUUUAUCUUCCUAUUCCUCGCUCUUAUUUCACCCUCUCUUUCUCUCUUAUAUUUCCGCCUCUAUUUCCCGUGCUUAUAUUUAUCUUUCUCACUCUUAUCCCCCCCACUCUAUCCCCGUUUAUCUUCAUGUAUGUCGCUCUUUUGCCCCCACUAUUGCCUAUGUGUAUCUCCCUCUUUCUCGCUCUUAUUUCCCUCCUAUUUACGUGUUUAUCUUACACUUUCGCGCUUAUAUUCCCCCCUCUUCUUUUUACCUUAUUUCCCGCUCUUAUCCCCCCAUUAUUUCCCGUGUUUUCAUUCCUCUUUCUCACUCUAAUUUUCCCUUCUAUUUAUCGUGUUUAUAUAUAUCUUCCUAUUCCCCGCAUUUAUCUCCCGUUUCUUCGCUCUUAUUUUUCUAUCUAUUUCUGCAUUUAUCUUCCUCUUUCUCGUUCUUAUUCACCCCCCACCCGCUAUUGCUCGUAUUUAUCUUCUUCUUUCUCGCUCUUAUUUGCCCCUCCAUUUCCCGUGUUUAUCUUCCUCUUUCUCGCUCUUAUACACCCCUUGUUUCACGUGUUUAUUACCUUCUUUCUCUCUUUUAUUUCCCACUAUAUUUUCUGCUUUUAUCCUCUUCUUCCUCGCUCUUAUUUCCGCUUAUUGCUCGUGUUAAUCUUCCUCUUUCUCUCAUAUAUAUAUAUAUACCCAUCUAUUCCCAGCGUUUAUCUUCUUUCUCGCUCUUAUUUCCAUCCUAUUUACGUGCUUAUCUUACACUUUCGUUCUUAUAUCCCACCCUCAUUUCUCGAGUUUAUCUUCUUUCUCGCUUUUAUUCCCCCCAUUCCUUCCUCUAUCACUCUCUUAUUCCAUUCCACUAUUAUUUAUUUAUAUAUACUUCACUAUACCCCGCGUUUAUCUUCCUUCUUCUCGCUCUUAUUUCCUUCUAUAUUUCCCGCAUUUAUCUUCCUCUUUCUCUCUGAUAUUUCCCUCUCUAUUUGCCGUGUUUAUAUUUCUCUUUCUCUCUCUUAUUUCCCUCCUCUUUCCCGUAUUUAUCUUGCUCUUUCUUGCUCUUUUUCUCACCACUAUUUCCUCUUCCUCUUUGUCACUCUUAUCCCCCUAUUUCUUGUGUUUAUCAUCCUUGACCUUUCGUUUUCAUUUCCUCCCUAUUUUUCAUUUUCGAUUUCCUCUAUCUCGCUCUUAUUCCCCCCCUAUUUACUAUUCUCUUUCUCCUUUCUUUUCUUCUCUUGCGCGUUUUAA